GAUUGGAUAAGAGAAACACGUCACCGGGAGCUGAAGGCGGAAGUGGUUGGCCGAGGGCAGCGCUGUACGAUGAGCGUUGCUAAUCUCCUCUCUUGUGCCAUAUUAAAGGUUUUGUGACGUUCAUUAAACAGGGAUCGCUGAAGUUUAGAUAUGGAGGUGCCCUGCUACCUUCCCAAACUGCUGUUUGAGCUCAAUGAGCAGCGAAAGCGAGACUUUUUCUGUGACUGCAGCAUCCUUGUCGAGGGCCGUGUUUUCAAGGCCCAUCGCAAUGUGUUGUUUGCUGGUAGCGGGUAUUUCCGGGCUCUUCUGGUUCACUAUCUGCAGGAUAAUGGUCAACGCUACAGCACAGCAUCACUGGACAUUGUAACCGCUGAUGCUUUCUCAAUUAUCCUGGACUUCCUCUACUCCGGCCGCUUGGCCUUAAACAGACGCAAUGUCAUUGAGGUGAUGUCAGCUGCCAGUUACCUGCAGAUGACUGACCUGGUGAACUUCUGUAAAGGAUACAUCCGCUCAUCUUUGGAAAUAUGCAACAAGGACAAGGAGAGGGAUGCUGAGAAGGAGGAGCAGGCACAGGAUGGAGCGAUGGGUCCCGCAGACAGCGGCACUCCAACUGUGGCGAUUUCCAGUGCUGCAGGGGCUGCAGAGCCUCCUUCACAGGUUUCAGAGGCAGAUAGAGGGGCAGAAUUAGGUUCGGAGUCUGUGACCUCGGCUAGAACUCCCUUGCCGAUCCCUGUUACCACACCUCCAGGGACCAGCAGGGACAUGGACAGUGACUACCACUCUAGGGAGGAGUUUGCAUCCGAGAGUGAAGGACAGAAGGGACACAUGGAUCAGACAAACCUCUCAUCUUCCUCAUCCUCUGCUUUGACCCCAGAGUUACUGAACCCUAAGAUAGAGUACGACCCUGAUGAAGAGCUUAUGGAGUCCCCUGACACCAAAGACCUUGCCUCGUAUCCUGGACCUACUUUGCAUAAUCCUCAUCAUAGCAGACUACUCCCCCCAAGUCCCAACGAGCGCUCCUCCCUGGGUUACAGCUCUUCUUAUAAUGCCAGGCAGCUGAUGGAGAUGCUGGCCAGAGGUGAGGGCCCCAGUCCCCUUGGGGAUAGAGUGGGGCAGCGUUUUUCCCAAGGACUAGGUAACAGCACAGGAGGAGGCAGAAUGGAUGAAAGUUUAGGUUUUGUGGGAUCGUCUAUCAUGGAGAUGCAGUCUGACUGGCUUGGAGAAGAUGCAGGCGAUGGCUUGGUAGUGCCAGUGAAGCUCCACAAGUGCCCAUUCUGCCCGUACACUGCAAAGCAGAAGGGCAUCAUGAAGAGACACAUCCGUUGUCACACAGGAGAGAGACCCUUCCCCUGUCCCAUGUGUGGCAAGAGGUUCACUAGACAGGAGCACCUCCGCAGCCAUGCCCUCAGUGUCCACAGGCACUACUGGCCAGUAUCUUGUAAGAGCUGCAGACGAACCUUCACCGGAUCCAAUGUUUCGCCGGGACUCAGACGCUUCGGCAUCUGCGACAGCUGCAAUUGCGUGACCACCACUCAUGAUGAGUCCGCCCCCGUUCACGCUGCUAGCCAACCAGAGCCCAUGGAGCGUGCAGAUGGCGGUACGGAUUGGUCCAGUUUUAUGGACGACGUGGACGAGGUGGAGGUUGGCAGAGUGGAGGACUUGGUGGAGAAACAGAUGCUUGAAAGGCAGCUUGCUGUCUGCAGUGAUGUCGGCCACACACUGUGAAUCUGUUGCCCACUGUGCUCAAUGAAGAAAACCUCGUAGACUCUUAACUGUUCUGCUGUGCAGUUGUUAACUGUGGCCAAACUGCUAUUGAUGUUAAAUUAUUGCUGUAUCAUGAACUUAUUUAUUGAUUAAUAUGAAACAAAAUGACUAAUUUUGGCUAUUUGGCUCCUGUGAGUUGUCUGACAGCAAAUGGAUUCAGUGUUUGUGUUUCUUUUAAAGUCAUAAACGUGCCCUUUAACUUCCUGCCCAUGUUUUUGCACAGUUAAUCAAAUUCAUAUUUGCCUGUUUACAUAAAGAGAAGGUCAGAGCUGUAGUUUCCUGCUUUUUUAUAAUCAAUACAGAAGAUGAACAAAGAGCUUGUUGUAUAUUCUUAUGACAGUUUAAUCCAGUUUGAUCCAAUUUCACAGCAAAAAAUUGCUUUUGUUAUGACGGGACCACUGUGGGAAUUGUUACAAUAAAUGUGUUGUGUAACUGGA